CAUUGAGAUCUGAUCUCAGUUUCUUUGCUCUUCUUGGUCAAUUCCUUCAACAGAUACAGAGAUUGGAACCUCCAAUGGUGUCGACGUUAGUCCUGAUGGAGGCCAUGGUUCUUGACAUCAGCGCGUUCGUUCUUGCUCUUUUUGCUGAGCAGUGGAGAAGCUCUGCCAAGAUCAUUAUGGAUGAAGAAUUGAACAAUUUUUACUGUCUCUAUGACUCAAGCAUCUCAACUGUUCUGGGGAUUGCUGCAUUUUCUCUUCUCUCAAGAAGUCAAAAACUCACAAUGAAGCCAACCUUGUGGUGGUGCUGCAAACCAAAGACUACGAGCAGCCCGAACAGAUCUUCUGCUUGCGCAAUUGUUCUUCCCAUCAUUUCCUGGCUGACAUUCUUCACUGCAGAGGCAUGUUUAUUACUAGGGUCAAUGAUAAACGUUAAUCACAAGGAGUACAGGACCAUUUUCGGGCAGCAUCUCCAUUGCCAGACCUUAAGAAAGGGAGUUUUUGAAGCAGGAGCGGCUUUUAUUGUGCUCACCAGUCUUGCAUCAAAUUUUUACCAUGUCUGUUAUACUGAGCAGAAUGAAGACUUGCAAACAAUUAACAAUGGUAAUGCUUCAGUAAGGCAUUACUAUCUUAUUACACACCUUGUCAAGUUGUGCUUAUUUGAGGCUUCUCUCUUUUUCUAUGUAAAGAUGUCAAUAAUGAUGACAUGGCUUAUUAGCUUGAAAGGGCAGCAAACCCACGCGCACAGAAGUUCCUUACUUGACGAUGGGGCAGCUUCAUCUUCCAUGGGCAGUACAACUCAUGACCUGUCACCAGUAGAUUAG